AACACUGAUACCUUCACACAUGUGUUAUUCUUACAAGACAACAUGACAAUCCUUUAAAACAGAGUAAGGUGGGAACAAAAUACCCAAUUCCACAAAAAUGUUCAAUUUCACCACGAUUUCAAUAGCAAUCCUACUCUGCACCUUUCUCUUCAUCUUCAAUGGCUAUGCAAUUGCAAACCCCCAACUGUAUGAUGAAGAACAUGCAUUGCUUAUGAAACUAAAGCAACAUUGGCAAAAUCCACCAUCCAUCGCUCACUGGAACCCAUCCAACACCAAUCACUGCUCUUGGCCUGAAAUCACCUGCACUCGCAAUUCCAUCACAGGACUAUUUCUCUACAACACCAGCAUCUCCCAAUCAGUCCCAUCCUUCAUUUGCGACCUUAAAAAUCUAACCCACCUGGACCUACAUUACAACUAUCUUUCCGGCCUAUUUCCAACGGUUCUCUACAACUGUUCUAAACUUCAGCACCUAGACCUCUCUGAGAACUUUAUUGUUGGUCCCAUUCCUCAUGAUAUCGAUAGAUUGUCUCAGCUCCGGUACCUCAGCCUAGCCUCCAAUAACUUUUCAUUCGACAUUCCCGCCACUAUUGGAAACAUAACGGAGCUUAGGGUACUUGAGCUUCCUCAGAAUCAGUUUAACGGUUCUUUCCCAUCAGAUAUUGGCAAUCUGAAAAAUCUGGAGCAACUAGAGUUGUCACGUAAUGCAAAAUUUGUGCCGUCAAAGCUGUCUUCAAAUUUCUCGCAACUGAGAAACCUGAAGAGUUUGUUGAUGGCUGAAGCAAAUUUGAUUGGUGAAAUUCCUGAAUCAGUUGGCAAUAUGACUGCGCUUGAGACACUGGAUUUAUCAAGUAAUGGUUUGAUUGGAAAAAUUCCAAACUGUAUUUUCAUGUUGAAGAAUUUAAAUAGAUUAUUUCUUUAUAGAAACAAGUUGUCGGCAGAGAUUCCACAGGUUGUUCAAUCACUGAAGCUAACUGUCAUCGAUCUGUCACAGAACAAUUUGAUUGGGACAAUACCAAAUGAUUUUGGAAAGCUUGAAAACUUGGAACGCUUUAUUUUGAUGUUCAAUCAAUUAUCAGGCGAAAUCCCAGAAAAGGUUGGGGAGAUUCCGAGUUUGAUAGAUGUCAGAUUGUUCAGCAACCAAUUAUCAGGUGCUCUUCCUCCAAACUUUGGUCGAUAUUCAGCACUUACUAGAUUCGAGGUUGCUUCCAAUAAUUUUUCAGGCAAGCUGCCUGAAUACUUUUGUGCUGGAGGUAAGUUGUUAGGACUAAUAGCAUUUGAUAACGAUCUCAGCGGAGAAUUGCCAGAAUCACUUGGGAAUUGUAAUAGUUUGUUAAUAAUCAAGAUUUACAACAAUAACUUCAGUGGCAAAAUUCCUGUGGGGCUAUGGACGGCAUCAAAUUUGUCAUAUGUAUUGAUAAGUGAUAAUAUGUUCACUGGUGAGCUUCCUGAAAAUUUUUCUGGGAGCCUAUCUUCUGUUGACAUCAGCAACAAUAAGUUUUCUGGUAAAAUUCCUGCUGGAGUGAGUUCUUGGAGGAAUCUACAGGUGUUUAAGGCCAGUAAUAACCUCUUUACGGGUACAGUUCCAGGAGAACUAACUCCUUUUCCUUCUUUAACUACUCUUUGGCUUGAUCGGAACCAACUCUCAGGAUCCAUUCCCUCAAAUUUGAUACCAUGGAAAAAGCUUACUUCUUUAAACCUGAGCAGAAAUCAGCUCUCAGGAGAAAUUCCGAAGGAAAUUGGCUCUCUAACUGUCCUUAAUAAUUUGGACUUGGCAGAAAACAAAUUUUCUGGAGAAAUUCCACGUCAACUUGGCUUGUUGAAGCUCACCUGCCUCAAUCUCUCUUCCAAUCUUCUCAUUGGAGAAAUCCCUAGUGAGUUCGAAAAUGGUGCAUAUGCCAGAAGCUUCACCAACAAUCCUGGUCUCUGCGCACGGCGCUCAUUUGUAAACCUCAAAAUCUGCAGUUUUCAACCCGAAAAAUCAAGGGAAAUUUCAUCAAAAUAUUUAGCUUUGAUUAUAAGUACAAACAGUGUCGUCUUUUUUAUGGCCUUGAUAUUUUCAUUCUUCAUGUUCAAAGCUUACAGCAAGAGAAAACUUAGAUUGAAUUCCACGGAUUCGAACAUCACUAAGUUUCACUCUUCAAAUCUCACAGAAAAUGAUAUUCUGUCAAAAUUGACAGAAAAUAAUGUGAUUGGAAGUGGUGGUUCUGGAAAAGUGUACCGUGUUCCUGUAAAUAGUUCGGCUGAUGUUGUUGCCGUGAAAAUGAUCGGUAAUAACACAAAGUUAGAGCAAGAACAAGAGAAACAAUUUUUAACAGAAGUUCAAACAUUAGGUAGAAUUAGGCAUUUGAACAUAGUCAAGUUGCUUUGCUGCAUUUCCAAUGAGAAUUUGAAACUUCUGGUUUACGAGUAUCUGGAGAAUCGUAGCCUGGAUUUGUGGUUGCACAAAAGGAAUCGACCAUCAAUUCUUGCUGGCUCUGGCUCUGGUUGUGGCUCAAUCGAUGAUUUUGCCCUGGACUGGCCCAAGAGGAUGCAGAUUGCAGUGGGAGCUGCCAAGGGACUCUGUUACAUGCAUCAUGACUGCUGCCCGCCCAUUGUCCAUCGGGAUGUGAAAUCAAGCAAUAUCCUGUUAGAUUCAGAGUUCAAUGCAAAAAUAGCAGAUUUUGGUCUAGCUAAAACCUUGGCCAAGCAGGGGGAACUUGAAACAAUGUCAUCUGUGGUUGGUUCUUUCGGGUAUAUUGCUCCAGAGUAUGCUCAUACAACCAAAGUCAAUGAGAAGACAGACAUCUAUAGCUUUGGAGUGAUCCUUUUGGAGUUAACAACAGGAAGAGAAGCUAAUUAUGGUGAUGAACAUACAUACCUCGUCAAAUGGGCAUGGCGACAUCUUCAAAAUGGCAACCCUAUUAUCGAUGCUUUGGAUGAGGAGAUCAAAGAAGCUUGCUAUUUGGAUGAAAUGAGUCGAGUAUUCAGCCUAGGGAUCCGUUGUACAAGCAAGCCACCUGCUAUUAGGCCUAGCAUGAAGUCGGUUUUGGAAAUCUUAGUCAAUCCUCCUGUUAUUUCCCAUAAUAAAAUUAUAUACACCUAAUUUUGAGUAUUCGAUUGAAUACUUAAAUGAUAUGUUAUCAUAUGAUUAAGUGAUUUUAAAUUAAAAAUAAAUUAUUACUCAAUCACAUGAUGAAAUAUCAUCUAAAUAUUCAAUUAAGUACUUGUUACAAAAUAUGUAAAAAUGUACAUUAGUAUCUAGGGUUUAAUUAUAGCAGUUUAAUUAUGGUAAAAGUUGAUUAUAGGAUCACAAUUAUGAGAACCAAAUAUUCCUUUUUCCUAAUUUAGGAUACCUAAUGUGUGUGUGUGUGUAUAUAUAUAUAUAUGUAUCUCUGUAACAGUGAAAGCAUGAAUGAAAAUAUACUCUUCAUCUUA